AUAUCGCAGAGCGGAAAGUGAGCGGUAGUAGGAAGACGAAAGUCAAAUCGCGCCCGUGCUGUUCCGUGCAUUGCCCGUCCGUGCGAUUAUUGCCCUUCAGUUUUGUGCUGCUUUUGCUCUUCCCCACCUGGAUCGUCCAGCAGUUCAGCAGUUGGCCGUGCGUGAGUGUGUAUGCCGCAUAGUAGUUUCAGCGAAAACAGUAAAAUAUUCGGCCUAUCAGCGGUGACGGUAGCGGACCCACAGUGUUGAAUGGUAAACUCGGCUUAAAAAGAGUGGUUCUUUCGAACGAAAUUAACUGUGAAAACUCGUGGCAGCGUGUAGCGGAAGAGAAGCAGUUGACCGUGGCCCAGUAGUGCGUGAGAUAGUUGAUUAAAUUAAAACGUCAGUCAGGCGGACGGCCGGUGGGCAGCAGCAGGCAAAAGGAAAUCGGAUUACAGCCGUUUACGAAACCGGAACCGAUCGAGCGCGUCAGUGUUGUCGGAUCGUGCAAAGCUCUAAGGCCCUUUGUCUCGUGUUACGCCGUGUGGUUUGCCGAGAUGCGUAGCGUACGGAGCAGCUUCACCAUCGGGCGGUUGGCGAUCUAUCCCAAGAACUCAAACAUUCGCACUGGUUCGAUCUGUUUGGUAUCGUCCAACGCCUCCAGCAGCGGCUACCAGUUUUACCUGCACCAUCCACAAUGUAGCCUAACGACGCUUGCGGCCAGCAAUCCCGCCGUCACAGCGAGCGACCCAUCCCGGAGGACGAUCGGUAGCCACAGCGUGAAAGCGUGCCCUUCCUCCCCCGUGCUGCUCAGUACCGGGCCAACGGUCACACAGCGUAACGGGCGCCGCUCGUUUCAUCUUUCCGCGGUCUGUGAUAAAUCAUCAUCGAAGGAUGGUAGCAGCGGAAGCAACAACAAUAACCCGCCCGGUGGACCGGGUGGCAAUGGUAACGGCAGCAGCAGCACCACUACCGCUAGCGGAUCCGGUGGCUCGGUGGGAGCGGGAGGAAAGGACGGUGGCAAUGGCAAGGAGCCGCCGAACAAGAAGAACACACUGUCCUGCCCGAAGUGUGGCGAUCCGUGCACGCACGUGGAAACGUUUGUCAGCUCGACACGGUUCGUGAAGUGCGAAAAGUGUCACCAUUUCUUCGUCGUGCUGUCCGAGGUGGACUCGAAAAAGACGAUCAAAGAUACGGAGACGAAGGGGGCGCGAAAGCCGCCGCCACCGCCGAAGAAGAUCAUGGAGUAUCUCGACCGGCACGUCGUCGGCCAGGAGCUGGCGAAAAAGGUGCUCUCGGUGGCGGUGUACAAUCACUACAAGCGCAUCUAUCACAAUCUGCCGCCGCCGGCCUCGUCCGCCUCGAGCGCCCAGCAGCAGCAGCAGCAGCUGGAUUCGAUGUCGCGCAGCGGCGAUCUGCUGCACAUUUCCGGCAUCGGGCACACGAUGAUGAGCUCGGCCCCGUCCGAGGUGCCGCGGCCGCCGAUCGGGGCGGGUGGCGGCCACGGUGCGGGCUCGAGCGCGCACCAGCCCGGCUCGGAGCUGCUGGACAAGAAGACGCACGAGCUGAAGCUGGAGAAGAGCAACAUUCUUAUGCUGGGACCGACCGGGUCGGGCAAAACGCUGCUGGCGCAAACGAUCGCCAAGUGCCUGGACGUGCCCUUUGCCAUCUGUGAUUGUACGACGCUAACGCAGGCCGGUUACGUCGGCGAGGAUAUCGAAAGUGUGAUUGCGAAGCUGCUGCAGGACGCUAACUACAGUGUCGAGCGGGCGCAGACGGGCAUCGUGUUUCUGGACGAGGUGGACAAGAUCGGGGCCGUGCCCGGGAUCCAUCAGCUGCGCGAUGUCGGCGGCGAAGGCGUGCAGCAGGGCAUGCUGAAGAUGCUCGAGGGUACGAUCGUGAACGUGCCGGAGCGCAACUCGCCGCGAAAGCUGCGCGGCGAAACGGUGCAGGUCGACACGACUAAUAUUCUGUUCGUGGCGUCCGGUGCGUACACCGGUUUAGAUCGGCUGAUUGCGCGGCGUUUGAAUGAAAAGUACUUGGGCUUCGGCAUGCCGGCCAGCUCGUCGGAAGGACGCCGGGCAGCGCAAGCGUCCGCCUCGCCGAUGGAUAAUGAUCAAGUGGAGCGGGACGCCAAUCUGAAGAAAGUACAAGCGAAAGAUCUCGUCGAGUUCGGUAUGAUUCCUGAAUUCGUUGGUCGCUUCCCAGUUCUGGUGCCGUUCCACAGUCUCGACGUGGACAUGCUCGUACGCAUUCUUACCGAGCCACGAAAUGCUCUCGUGCCACAGUACAAGGCCCUGCUCGGUAUGGAUCAGGUUGAGCUCUCGUUCACCGAUGAAGCUCUGAAGCAGAUCGCGCAGCUGGCGAUGGAACGGCAAACCGGUGCACGUGGUCUACGCGCAAUUAUGGAAACGCUGCUACUAGAGCCAAUGUUUGAGGUACCCGGAUCGGACGUUAAGGGCGUACGCAUUACUGAGGAAAGUGUACGCGGUGCCGAACCGGUGUACGUACGCCGGGGAGAGUCCAGCACAUCGAGCAAGGACUCUACCGGGUCCGGUGAGGCAGGACACUCCGGCAGUAAUUCAUCGGAAGAAGAGGAAGCGACAAAGGUGCGCGUGAAGCAGUAAAAACAGGUAUGGGCAAGCAGGCAGGCAGGCAAUGGGAAGUGGGGUGCGGGCGCGUGCAAAAUUCUGACAGACAUCGUAACAACAACAACAACAAAAAUAACAUACAUUUUGCCCACAAUCGAUGGAUAAACGAAGCAAAUGUAUUUGUACAUACGAUUUUUCUUUCUCCUACGAAAGCGUUCCUAACUGUUUUGUUUGUUAUUCUGCGUUCCAUCGUGGUUUGUGGUUCGUUUGAAAGCCAUUUUUGGGUUUUUUUUUCUUUUGCUUUCCUUUUCAGUUUGACUCGACUUGUGUGCGAGAGUACUAUACUAACUUAUUGUUGUGCUGUUGAAUUGGAGAUUAAAACAAGUGUUCUUUUAAUCUAUGUGUAAUCAUGACGAUUUGUUUCUGCGUCACCCUGUUGCUCGCAAGUAUUCCUACGGCUUUUGGUACCAUUUAUUUUAAAAUGGCUUUUAACUUUCCCUUAAAUUGUAGAGUCAUAUGAUCGCGUGAUCGUUUCAUUAAACAAUCAAAGUGAAACCUCUCUCCCGCGACGACGAAUUACCUGCCACGGAAACAUUAAAAUCAAUCCAUUAGCACAGAGAGCAGAAUAUACACAAAAACAUAAGUCUAAACAAAACACAACAACUGUUACAUUGCUUUGACGCAUUGGAAAUUAUCCGCAUUUUUUGUUUGUUUGCGAGCGGUUUAAUUAUCCUAAAGGUACGCAAAACAAAAACUACAAAAUAGACAUGAAACUGUUAACGAAUCUUGAAAAUUAUAUGAACGGAACAGUCACUCUCGAUAGUGUAAAGAUGAAGCACGGGAAAUCGCCCAAUCCUGUUUAGGAAAAAAAACAAAAACAAAAAGCAGAUAACCCCCCUAACCUGCUGUUUGAUGCAGGCUGGGACAAAGGCUACCCCAUUUACGCAACGUAAAGUCUUUAAUUAUAUCUUUCAGCGUGCGAGAGAGCGUGAAUGAAAGUGUACGUGUAAUUAGUAUCGUGUAGAAGUGUAUCGGUUUUUUAGAGUAGGAUUUUUCAAAAUUCCUAAUUUUGUUUAUUAUUUCCCUCCUCCGACACCCCCCCCCCCCCCUACCCUUACACUCGUUCCUCAAUAAUGUUGUGCGUCGGUUAGGGACGAUUGUACUAUGCAAGUUGAUUAGGUGGUAAGUGAAUUUAAGCGUAAUAAAACACAGAUGCCCGCGAAACAGAACGUUUUCGCGUUAAAAAAGUGAAA